AUGAAGGCAAAGGGCGAUCUUCGCGAGUUCAUCGUCACCGGCCGAAAGUUGCCUUCUGACUCUCAGCCCCACCCAUCGGUCUACCGAGUCCGACUCUUCGCCCCAGACCCAAUUGCUGCCAAAUCUCGAUUCUGGUACUUUGUGUCCUACUACAAGAAGGUCAACAAGACCGCUGGUGAAAUCAUCUCCGUCAAGAAGGUCGCUGAGAAGACCCCCGGUCUCGUCAAGAACUUCGGUAUCUGGGUCCGAUACGACUCCCGAUCUGGUACCCACAACAUGUACCGAGAGUACCGAGACACCCAGACCGCUGGUGCCGUCACCCAGUGCUACCGAGACAUGGGUGCCCGCCAUCGAGCUCGACCUGGCUCUAUCCAGAUCCUUCGAGUAGAGCGACUCCCCGUCACCAACGCUGCCGGCGAGAAGCAGGGAGCCAAGCGACCACACAUCACCCAGCUCUUGGACUCGAAGAUCCGAUUCCCUCUUCCACGAAGAAUCAUGUCCCGAAAGGCGCAGAACGCUCCUCGAUUUGCCACCAAACGACCAAGCACCAUGUAA